AUGGUAGCUGUGCUGGAAGCCCCUUCAAAAGGCAGAUCCCUAUGGAGGAGGAUCGUUGCUAGUGUGAAGAGAUUCAAUCGAUCUCGAAUUGAUUAUGCCCGUCUGGCUUGGCCCGUCGAGUGGGCUAUAUUCAAGAAGGGCGCCUGGUGGGGUAUAUUAUUCUUCAUUAUAACCCUCCUUAUCCACAACUGGGUACACAACUGUGUCUACAUGCUAGCUGGACAAUAUGGCGUGUAUGGUCCAUAUGGUCGUCCUGGCAACCCUGUUGUGGACCUUCUAUUUGAGCUCUUCGGCCCUGGGCCAGUGGACUGGACUCCGGCCCCUGGCGACGUCAUCCUAUACUGUACAAUUGUGAUGGGUGUUCUCUAUGCUCUCCGGCCUCUACUUUUCCCCUUCCCUUUUCGCACGAUGAAUAUACUCUGGCGUUGGGCAGUGGUGGCUAGUCUGGCAACUUAUGCGAGAUUGGCAUCAUUCAUAUUCACGAUCUUGCCUGGUCCAGCUGAGCAUUGUUCUGAGGCAAACUUCAACCCACCGACUACGGCUGGCGAGGUGUUCAAACGUAUUUUCGUUUCUGGAGGCUGCAGUGACCUUAUAUUCUCGGGACAUAUGCUCUACGUUAUCAGCGUUACAUGCGCAUUGUUCCGAUAUAGUUGCAACAAGUACCUCAAGAUAUUUGUGCUCUUGCUUACCAUCCUGCAAGCCUUCCUUAUUGUGGCCUCUCGAUCGCAUUAUAGUGUUGAUGUGGUUCCCAACGACUUCCGAACAGUCGGUAAGUCAAUCUCAUCUCCUGGAGUAUCUGAUGACGACGAGGAGUACCCGAGGACAGUGCCGUCUUCUGGCACUGCCAAAAGCGGCAAGCCUCGAAAGAUUUCCUCGGUCAGCACAAGGACGUCUCCUGAUUGGGUGCAUGAGUUCCGUCGAACAGUCUAUAAUUGA